AUGAGCCAAAUCGACGACGACGUUCAGUUUCACUCCCGCCAUGCCUUGGCCUCUCAAUCGUCGCCCUCGCCCUCGCCCUCGCCCUCGCGUCUCAGCAACAACCCGUCGCCCGCCCAGCAUCACCGCCACCACGGCCCCAGAAAGUCGUCGUCGACCUGCGCCACCUGUCGCGCCCGCAAGGUCCGCUGCAACGGCGCCCGCCCCCGCUGCUCCAACUGCCAGCGCCUCGCCUUCCCCUGCUCCUACGUCGACGCCGAGUGCUCCUCGGCCCUGCCCCGCCGCCGCGUCAAGCAGGCCUGUCUGAGCUGCCACGGCCGCAAGGCCCGAUGCUCCGGCCAUCUGCCCGCCUGCGACCGCUGCCGCGCCCAGGGACUCGACUGCGUCUAUCGCCCGGGCAAGCAGCCGGCAACCGUCGCCUCUGCCACGAGCCCCCAGAGCCAUGCGAGUCUCGCCGCCGACAGCCCUCGGCCGCCCCUGGACCCGGAGCCCGAAUGUCCCCUGGAUGAGCCCUUUGGUGCACUCAUAGCCCGCACCUUUGACCUCUUCUUCCGCCAUGUCCACCAUAUCCCCAUGUACUCGUUCCUGCAUCGCGCCUCCCUCAUGGCCCAGCAUGCCGCCGCCAAGGUCGACAAGCCGCUGCUCCUCGCCCUCGUCGGCAUCACCUCGUGCCUCACCGACAUGGGCCCCGGCCUCCGCGACUACGGCAACCGCUGCAUCGACGACGCCGAGGCCCUCAUCUUUGCCGACUACACGCGUCCCUCCACCUUCAAGGUCCAGGCCCUCGUCUUUAUCAUCAAGCACCGCAUCCUCUCCAACAAGUUCGCCAGCGCCUUUGUCCUCUUCGCCGUCGUCUCGCGCUUCGCCGCCGCCCUGCGCCUCAACUACGACAGCCCGGGCCUCUGCUUCCUCGCCCAGGAGUCGCGGCGCCGCCUCAUGUGGUCCCUGUACUGCAUGGAUUCCGGCGUCUCCAGUGGCCAUCGCGACUUUGCCCUCUGGCGCGCCGAUAAGAUCCACCUCACCUUGCCCUGCAACGAGCGCAACUUUGAGUUUGACCUGCCGCAGCCGGCAGAGAAGCUCGUGCCCGACCCGGACGAGCCCGAACCCCCGCUGCCCGAGGAUGUCGGCAGUCUGGCCCUUCACGUCCGCAUCUUCCACAUCCGCCAGAGGAUACUCGAGUUCUCCAAGGACACCCUCGCCAGCCGCAGCGUCACCAACGUCCACCUCCAGUCCACCGUCCUGUCCCUUGACGCCGAGCUCGACGACUUCGCCAACAGGCUCCCCACCUCUUUCCAGUUCUCGGAAAACUCUCUCCGCCUGCGCGCCUACUCGCCGCGCAUAUGCGUCUUCGUCAUGAUCCACGUCUGGUGGCGCCAGUGCCACUGCGACUUGCAUCGCCUGGCCCUGGCCGGCUUCCGCGAGUCGCUGCCCCCGUCCCGGCUGGAGAGCCUCGACACCAGCUUCAUACGCCACUGUCAGCGGCAGUGCCUCGACCACUCCCUCGCCAUGGCCAGCAUCUUCGUCGCCAUGCAGAGGCUGGGCGUCAAGCCCGUCGCCGACCUGGACCUGGCCCUGUGCGCGUACCAGUGCGCCCGCAUGCUCAAGUACAUCUACCUCGUCAACGCCGACGCCUUCGGGCUCACCGCCGAGGCAGUCACCGACCAGGCAAAGGUCUGCCUGCGGGCCAUUGAGCAGUGCUGCAGGGGCCCCGCCGCCGCCGCCAUCGCCUCGGAGCUGGCCUCCUGGAUCAGCCACGGAAUCGCCGCCCAGUCGCCGCCCGCCCAGCUCGCCAGCCCGGGCACCUUUAGGCUCAACGGCGGGCCCGUCGGCCACGGCCCCGCCCGCCACCCCGUCCUGAGGAGCAUCGAGCUGUCUGACGACCCGGACGUCGUCUCGGCCACGCGCAGCACCUUUGGUCCCACCCCGGCCAACAGGGCCAGCCGCCUCUCCCUCCCGUCCGCCGCGGCGUCCGACGCCCUCGAGACGGCGGCGGCGGCAGCACACACGGGCUUCGGCGACGCGGACCACCUCGACGCGCAGAGGCCCCGCACGAGGAGCGCCGCCGCCGACGACCUGCCGCCCCCCGAGCUGAACAAUGCCUACGAGGGCGCCCUCGACGGCCUGGGCCUCGACGGCGGGCUGGACCUUGCGCUGGGCUUGGAUGCUGCUUCGUGGCCGUCGAGUCAGGAGUGGUGGGCGUGGCCCGAGUUUCUGAAUGGCGCUGGCAUCGGGGGCGUCUGA